AUGGAACAUUUAUUUUCUGCUUUCGUCCGCGUUAUCCGGGAUCUGGAUGAUGCUGAUAGCUUGCUUGCAACCUUUCAAGAAUUUGAAAACAACCCCUCUGCGCUCAGUGCAGAGGAUCGCAUGCGGCUUCUCGGCUUUCCUGACCUUAUAACCCAAGUCGCAAAUAUUGCUGCCAUAGUUCCAACAACCUCGAAUAAGCAAGAUUUCCUGAAAAAGGCUGCCGAGUCACCGAGAGACCUAACAUCCUCUGAGAUUGAUUUGUUACAGAGUCGCUAUUGGGGAAAGCUUACCUUCAACGAAAAAGACGCAUUCGAAGAUGCUCUGUAUAAGUCGACUGAUAUCUCCUAUGAGCAUCGCACGGAAACCUUGCAGCGCCUGCGGGAUUUCCAAAGCCAUCUCUACGAACAAUAUGAAGCCAAGGCAAUCGCAAAUGCGUUAGAUGAGGACGACCGACGACUUCGAGAAAUGGACGAAGCUGAGAAGCGAGAGGAAAUAGAGAUAAUGUUGCAACAUGGGCAGCCCUGGCUACGUCAGCUAUGGCUAGAAGAUGAGGGCAAAAAAGCCGUGGGGUUAUGCAAUAUUUGUGAACCUUUAUUGGAAGUCAGAGAAUCCCGACUUGCGAUCGCCUGCUGUCUCACAAUUCAAUCGAGAUACACCGUCGAGUUUUUAGAUUGGCCUUCCUCGACGCCCACUAGAGACGAAAGCUUUCUUGUGACCCUCGGCGAAUUGCGGAAGCAGUUCAAUCAUCUGCGAUCGUUUCCCCCCAAAAAAGAGAUUUCGUACCUCAUGAACGAUUUGGCGGGAGUAAGCAUUACCUCUAUGCCCGAGGGGUUCACAGUGGGAAUUCUGCGGAAUGUCUUUCUGUACAUAGAUGGCAACUCUGCAGCCUCUGUUUUGGAAAACCGUUUAGCAGAUGACUUUUGGAUUGGGGCCGUCGACCCAGACUACAUGACAGAUACCGAAGAUCAAAACUCUAGUGGGUACCAAGGCUACCUGCGCGUUCGUCUCCAACAGCUUAUUCAUAACCUUUACGUCACCCGACGUUGGCAUGCUGAUGAGGUCUCCUUAGAGGAUUUGUGGAUGGCGGCGCAGAAGGAUCCUCACAAUGGCUCUUUUGUUUCAAUGAAAGACGAGGAAAUAUUUGCUCGGGGCUCAACUUGGGAAGUUGCAACUGCCCUUCGAUCAAGAAACACGACGCAGUGA